UAGGAGCCCUCCUCUGCAGCCUGCUGCGUGUUUAACAAUCUAUCACCGCCUCCUUGUCCCACCAAGGGCGGGCAGCCCAGCCCUGUCCUGCCUGGGCGGGACUCCAACGCAGGGUGCCAAGGCCACCGAGCCACAGCGGCUCUCCCGAGCCAUCUUGCUCUGGUACCGCAGGGCUCCAGGGACUCCUGGGACCAGAGCUGCCGCACCUCGCGAGGACCCUCAUUCAGGUGGCGGGUUCGCCUCCUAGAGCCGGCAGCCCAGACUCCGGACUGCGCGGGCUGGUGCUGCGCAGCGCAGGCCAACCUCAGACGCCUACAAAACCCUCUUCCGCCUACAUGGGUGGGCCCCAGGCCAAUGAGGUCCACAGUGGAGGCUGAGAGCUGUUUGAUGAAGGAGAUAUCCUGACCUCUCUGGUGCUGGGACUCCAAAUAAGCUGAGACUGAAAGAACGAUGGCUUUGAAGGUGGAAUUCAGGCUGAGGACGCUGGCGUUUCCCUCGGGGAGCUCUCGGUGUGUGCACUGUCCACAGGGGUAAACGAAGCGCCACCAGAGCACUCUGUCCUGGACCCAAUCUGCCUUGAAGACGCGGAGGAACACCAAACCUGGUCUUCCUCCUAAAAGGUCUUCCAUCUGCAUGAGACAGGUACACACCAUUACCGCAUCCCUACCCCCUAGGGAGCUCCGGAGAAGUCCCGUGUGUGCUUCUAACCUAAAGACAACAUUCCCUUAUUCCUCCGGUAGGGGGAGUGAGGAGGUAAAUCCCCACCCCAAGAUCAUGUGGGCAGGAAGCAACACAGCUGUGAUUUGAACCCAAGCCCAUCAACGCCCCCCUCACAGAAGAGACAAUUGACUAGGGUUGUGAGGGAUGAAUAGAAAUUCACUGGGAAAAGCUGAGAGGAAAUCAAUACUAGAGAAAGAAAACGGCUUUGAUUUCUUUCAAGCUUGAGCUUUACUGGAGCACACAUUUCCAUGAUAUGAGAUCUGAAUGGAUCUUUGUGGGGUGAUGAGCCUUAAGGGGUGACCAAGUUAAGGACUUACUUGUUCAGAUAGUUGAAGGCCACUGAUAGCAUGUGUACUACUUCCCCAGCUUCUCCCGGCAUAGGAAAAGCAGUUGGGCAGUUAUGGAGCAGGACAAUGGCACCAUCCAGGCGCCUGGCUUGCCGCCCACCACGUGCGUCUACCGUGAGGAUUUCAAGCGGCUGCUGCUACCCCCGGUUUACUCAGUGGUGCUGGUGGUGGGCCUGCCACUGAACAUCUGUGUCAUCGCCCAGAUCUGCUCCUCCCGCCGGACCCUGACCCGUUCAGCUGUGUACACCCUGAACCUGGCACUGGCAGACCUGCUGUAUGCCUGCUCCCUGCCCCUACUCAUCUAUAACUACGCCAGAGGGGACCACUGGCCUUUCGGAGACCUGGCCUGCCGCCUCGUGCGCUUCCUCUUCUAUGCCAACCUCCACGGUAGCAUCCUGUUCCUCACCUGCAUUAGCUUCCAGCGCUACCUCGGGAUCUGCCAUCCCCUGGCCCCCUGGCACAAGCGUGGGGGUCGCCGCGCUGCCUGGGUGGUGUGUGGAGCCGUCUGGCUGGCUGUCACAGCUCAGUGCCUGCCCACAGCCGUCUUCGCUGCCACGGGCAUCCAGCGCAACCGCACUGUCUGCUACGACCUGAGCCCACCCAUCCUUUCCACCCGCUACCUGCCCUAUGGCAUGGCUCUCACGGUCGUCGGCUUCUUGCUGCCCUUCACAGCCUUACUGGCCUGCUACUGUCGCAUGGCCCGCCGCCUGUGCCGUCAGGAUGGCCCAGCAGGACCUGUGGCCCAAGAGCGGCGCAGCAAGGCGGCCCGUAUGGCUGUGGUGGUGGCGGCUGUCUUCGCCAUCAGCUUCCUGCCUUUCCACAUCACUAAGACCGCCUACUUGGCUGUGCGGUCCACGCCUGGGGUCUCUUGCCCUGUACUGGAGACCUUCGCAGCGGCCUACAAAGGCACUCGGCCCUUUGCCAGCGCCAACAGUGUACUGGACCCCAUCCUCUUCUACUUCACACAGCAGAAGUUCCGGAGGCAGCCCCAUGAGCUCCUGCAGAAGCUCACCGCCAAGUGGCAGAGGCAGAGAGUCUGAGGCCCCAGGGCAGACGCCGAGGCACUGGCAGCCGCAUAUUUACCAUUGGGACCAUGGUGCCAGAAGCUUUCCCCACAACCCGAAACCAUACAGAGAGUCAAACUUGGUUCAACAGGCCUGGGUCUGGCCCUCAAGAAGUUCUACGUCAACCACGAAGCUACGACACCGAUGUCUCGGGGUGGGGGUGGGGGCUGGUCAAUUCAUGCUUGUUAUCCCAGAACUCAGGAUGCUGUCACAGGAGGGUAACAAGCUCCAGGCCAGCCUGGUCUGCAUGGUGAAGCCCUGUCUCAGACAAUCAAGAGUUGGGGCUACAGCUCAGUAGCACAUAACUAGAGUGUGCUAGCCCCUGGGCUUAAUCCUUAACACUGCAAAAUCCAACGAAGGUCUUCUCCCCAGCCUUUCUGUUUACAAGGGGAGGGGUCUGCUGGUGCACGAUCACUAACGCAAAGGCAAGGUCUUGAUCCCUGGGACCCACUUCUUACAAGGAGGAAGAGCCUGGGGGAAGCUCGUGUUCCCAUCCACUUGCCAAAACUUUUGCAUAAAAGAGAUAAAUAAAUGUGAUUUUGUGGGGUU